AUGUCGCUGUUAGAAUCCACUGCUGGACGUGAGAUCGGUGAGACGUAUAAAUCGAGGUCUCCUGUCCCAGAAGUUGAUGGCACGAAAAAUACCUCAAAACUCAAUGGCUGUGACAACUGUGUAGACGUCCCCACUAAAGUCCCUGGCUCCAAAAUGGAGGAGGAUAUUUUAGAGUGGUUGAUAUAUGUCGUAUCCUAUGUAAUCUUGCUCCUGCUAAUUUAUGUGAACAUUUAUUUUAUUCUUGCAUUGUUGGUGGUGUAUGUGAUAUUUCGGUAUGUCCAGUCAAAAUGUAAGAAACUACUUCCGGUGAAGAAUAGAGCUGUUCUAGUGACGGGCUGUGACAGAGGGUUUGGUUUCCACUUUGCUAAAUACUUAGAUGACGUGGGAUUCAUAGUCUAUGCAGGAGUCCUAAGCAAAGACGGCACAGGCGCAAAGAAGUUGAAGUCCAAAAGUUCAAAAAGACUUCAUGUUCUUCAACUGGACGUCACCAGUGAAAAGGACAUCAAGGAAGUUGUGACGUACAUCAAUGCGAAUACUAAAAGUAACGGUUUAUGGGGUGUUAUAAACAACGCUGGUGUAAAUGUAUUUGGAGACGUUGAAACAACGCCAAUGGAGCAAUACGAGAGAUGUCUGUCCAUAAACUUGUAUGGGAUGAUACGUGUCACUCAAAAUGUGCUCCCCCUCAUACGGCAAUCUCAAGGACGAAUUGUCAAUAUAUCGAGUGUGAUGGGGAGAUACUCAUCUCCCGGAGACAGCGCCUAUCACAUCUCUAAACAUGGAAUAGAGUCUAUGACGGACAGUCUGAGGAUGGAAAUGCGAGCCCUUGGGGUGGGAGUCAGCAUCGUAGAGCCAGGGCAUUAUGACGCUGCUACGACCUGUAGCAAUCCAGAAAUUGUGAAAAUCCGUCGUCAUGAAGUAGACAUUCAGUGGGAGAGGGCCUCGGAGGAAGUGAAGAAUUUCUAUGGCAAGGCCUACUUCUAUAGAUUUUUCAAUAGAGAUAACAGGAAGAACUCGGCAGAUUCCCCUGAUAGGGUCAUAGAUGCUGUGGUGGACGCACUGCUAAACGAGAGUCCCAGGGCUCGAUAUCUGGUCCCAGGAAGCUCCAGAAUGAUAGAUGUUUAUGCGGAAAUAGGAAGGUUUUAUGGAUUCUUUCCAGAAAUUAUUAGCGAUGUUGUCCUCACGUGGUUUACAGGAUCUCAUAAACCGCAGAAAAUAAGAUAGCAUUCGCUGAUUAUAAAUUAACAAAUACUUUGUUGAUUUGAAAUGCUUU